GCAGUAGGUAGGUACCCGCGAACAACAGCCAGACUGUCUGUCGUCUCGGCAGAGCUCCGCAACUAGAGCAGAUUGCGAACGGAGCACAGACUACGGAGAGCACGCCGCCGCGGCCACAUAUCAGUUGGUUCGCAGCUUUUAUCGUAUACGGACGUGUAGAUAUCUCCGCCGUCGAUGUGAAAGGAGUGGUUUAUUAGAUAUUAUAGUAAGUGCUGCGAUACUUGGGAUAGUUUAUUUCCGGUGGCUGUGUGAUAACAUUGUGCGAGUCAGUUGUGGGAAUUUGGGCUGAUUUCCGCCAAUUUGUUAAUUAGAGAUACCGUGUACAUAAGGAGUUCGGGUUACCCGUAAUUUGACUAUCAACGUCCUUCGAGUAGGGUCUCGUGUGGGGAGCAUACAUCGUUUGACGAACGGGGUUAAGUGUUUUCAAAACAGAGCGCUAAUUGUGAGCACUAUUGUGUGCCGUGCGGCGGAACUGCAAGGAGAAGAGCGUUGUGUGAAAAUAAACGGGCUAAAAUUAAGUUUAUCGAUUCCGCCACCGAAGUGAACGGAGAAUUUUCUGCCAAUGCAUUGUUGAGAGAUCCUGGAAGAAAAUCUAGAACGGAUGGAAUUCAGCCAACACCGACGAAGUGAUUGUGCUGGGAUUUGAUAAAAAAAAUCCGACCAGCCAGACGAGGAAAUAGAGUGAGUGCAGAUGUAGCGUCGAGGAAAAAUCGUUCUCGUGAAAAAUUGUAUUAACACAAUCGGUUUAUGUUGGUUUGAGUGCGGAAAACGUGUGGGGCUUGUUUUAUUUACCGUGAAAGUGUGCGGCUUCUGUGUGAGUUUGCUGACGCGGAGCAAGGAUCCAGUACUCGGUGUGUACAAUAACGGUGCUGCGGAAGGUCCUGUCUGCUCGAGAAGGUGUGUCUGUGAGGACUAGAGCCUAGACUCGUCGGUUCACCUGGAUCAUCAUCACACAGCACAAGUGAAGGCCUUUCCCGUCUGCAGAAUAUUCGUAAACGAUGCAAAAAUAUACAUUUCGUUGACCGAACUUGGAAAUACAAAAGGUAUCAAUGUGUCUAUCCAGCCACGAAGCAAUCGGCCUUGCCAGGCGGCUACCUCCAGCCCCAGUAAUUGAAUCGUGCAUCUAACAAGACAGCCUCAAUUAUUUGGGCCGUCGCGCCUUAAACACUGGCCCAUCAACGCUUCUGCAGACAAGGCACCGCCACGGCUUCGUUCGGUGAGUCCAUCGGAAGGAUGAUCAAAUCCUACAAGCUGUACCUGACACUGCUGAUCAGUUCGGUUUUCAUAAUCCUGUGUCAGAACCAGAUAUCAAUAGCGAAUAUCGUUAGCACAUCGACCGCUGCGUUGAACGGCAUUAAUGGGCCUCCACCAGAGUCGCAACCCUUGAUCGGUGGAGACGGAUUAGAUUUGGGCGAUGGCCAAGAGCAGCCAUCCAUCGGGGAUAAAGUCCGCUCGAGGAGUCUCACCUUCAACGAUGUCCGAUCUAUGGGAACCGGCACGAAAUCGACUGAUCGAACUACCACAACACUAGGAUCUAGCAGUAGUAGCAGUAGCAGUAGUACGGCAAGCACGUCAACAACCACAACCACCAGCACAACGACGACAGCGACUGUAGCACCUUUAGAGAACGAUGUCUCCAGCAAUCGACAACAAUCAGUUAGCAGUAGUGAUAUUCCUUCCCAAUUUCCCGUAGAAAACAAGGCGGUGCUGCCCCCACUGUACAUUAUCACGCCGACAUAUCGCCGCCCGGAGCAGCUGGCGGAAAUCACCCGUCUCGGCUACACCCUCAAGCACGUGCCGAACCUGUUCUGGUUGAUCGUCGAGGACGCGGACAAUCGAACCGAAACCGUAACGAGACUGCUGAAGCAAAUCAAUGUGCCAUUCGUCCAUCUAACGGCUCCAAUGCCAGCCAAAUAUCGCAAACUGAAGGUUAAGCCACGUGGUGUGUCGAACCGGAAUCGCGGCCUGCAGUGGAUUCGUGCCAACGCAUCUGAAGGUGUUCUCUACUUCGCCGACGAUGAUAACACCUACAACUUGGAAAUCUUCGAACAGAUGCGAUACAUCCGCAAAGUUGGGAUGUGGCCCGUAGGUCUCAUCUCGAAGUAUGGCGUCAGCAGUCCGAUAGUGGUCAAUGGGUCGAUCACCGGUUUCUACGAUGGCUGGAUCGGAGGGCGCAAGUAUCCGAUCGACAUGGCUGGCUUUGCGGUGAGUGUAAAAUUUCUGCUGUCCCGGCCCAAGGCAGAAAUGCCUUUUAAGGCAGGAUACGAAGAGGAUGGCUUUCUGCGAAGCUUAGAUCCGCUGGAUUUGAAAGAUAUCGAUCUACUAGCAUCCAAUUGCACGGAGAUUCUAACGUGGCAUACACAGUCUAAGAAGAAUCCGCCGGCGCUUCAGUUAAAUCUAACCAAAUAUGGGACUACAAAUUUGGUGAAACUUACGCGAUCAUUAGUUUAGGAUUUGAAAAGAAGGAAUUAUAAAAAUGAAUAAGAGACAAUUCUAUAUUUCCAAACCCAACUGAUGCAGAGAAUGCAAAAAAAAAGAUUUUUUUUUUUCGAAUGCAAAAGGGAAAAUGAGUGAAAAGGGAAUAACCACAUUAUUCUGGGUGCUAUUUUAAAUUAAACGACAGAUAAUUCUCAAUCUAAAUAACAGUUCAGUAGUUUCCAAAACCAGCAAAAAUGCAUCAAGGAGUAGCAGUAAAUUUGAACAUACAGGGGGUACUUAAGAAGAUUGAUAUACUAGGUAAAAUCGGCGAAUGUCAGAAGAAUUGAUCGAGAUUGGUUUCAAGCAUAUUGAAAUUCCCCUACGAGACGAGAAAAUAAUUCAACCAGUUAUGCACUGUUUUGUAAAAACAAGAGUAGAUAGGAGAUAUUGGAGGGUGGGAUCAGUUGUCUCGCCCAGUUUUUCUUCCAGAUGUUUGUGCGUGUAAUUAAAUAAGUUUGAAAGAUCACCUGUUCUGAUUGUGUGGGAUUCCACCAUUGAAUAGUUGCCAGCAAAAGUGGAACAAGGAAAAAAAGUGACCAUGUGGCAACUGAAAGAUGUUGAAAAUGUAUGUGUGUAAAGGUAAUGAAACAAGUUUUUGUACCAAACAGUAGACACCCUAUAUGUUUGAAAAAUGUAUUAAAUACCUUAAUUAAUGAAAAAAUAUUAAUGUUCAAAAUGGAUGUUUGGUUAUAUCUAUUCAAUCCUGUUUCAUUUUUUUUUUACAAAUUGUUCAUAAGAAUCAAUAAACUGAACAUGUAGCACUUUUGCAAAGCAAAAAAUACCAACGUAAAGAACUAAUUUGUAUCUUUCCAAAUUCGUGUAUUUUAAUCCAAAAUCGAGAUGCUAUAAAGCCGAGAAAAUAUUGAUUUUUUCUUUUGUCCCAUUGGUCUUUUGAUAAUGAAGAGAGCGGGAAAUAAAAAAUAAAUGGAAAAAAAUAUGAAAUCGAAAAACUGAUCAGUUUUCGUGAAGAUUUUUUUUAUGUAAGUUCAAAAUUUUAUUUUAUUUUUCGGUAAAAAAGUUGAUCUCUUCCCCAACUUUGAGGGGGCGGAGACAGAAGAAGAUAAUAAAAUGUGUUUCCGCCUAAAUAAGUUAAAUUUAAUUUAAUUCUAAUUCUAAACUAACAAAGUCAUUCCAUUAAAGUUGGUGCGAUUGUCGUUUCAUAUAGGUAUUUGGUCGUUUUGAGCGUUUUGAUAAUAGCGUGUCCUGUAAAAUUUACACAAUUGUUCAUGUACCACUUUUGAUGGCAACGGUUUAAGUAGCUGUAAAUAUUUCCUAUGUUCCUUAAUUGAUAUGAGAAAAAUAUAUAAAUAUUUGGAUUAAUAUUACGAGUUUGCUUUCCGUCAAAAAAAUUGGCUGACCUAUUCUUAUAACUCAAACUAGAUAUUCUUAGAUAGUUUUAGGCUACGCAAAUUUUACUAGUGAAACUGAUGUAAAUACAUUUGAAUCCAGGAGAUCUGAUCUACUCUCAUAUCUUUGACUUCUUUUCUAUAUUUUAAUGUAGUGUAGUUAAAUAAUAUUGGGAAAGUUAAAUGAAAAUUGUUGACAAAAAUUGUAACGGUGAUUCUUACAUCACUUGGUUGUCGCACAAGGUGCGUCAACAAGACGAAAAGUGCAAUCCCAAAAACAGAUAUGCUCACAUUUCUUUAAAAAGGAAGAAACUCUAAAUACGAAAUCGACAAGUGAAUAUCGAGCUUUCCCAUCAACUUAAAGUUCUAAUAAGUUAAACAAAGCGUAACAGCCGUUCUUUCCAAAAGCAGACAAAAGCCUUUAAGUGUUAUACUUUUAAAAUACAAACAGAAACUUUAUAAUCUAGAGGUAGAUGCAGUUUGAUUUUUCCCUCGUCAUUAUACAGAGAAUAACCAGUGAACUUCUUCCUCAUACAAGGCAGGUAAUUCACAGAUGCCGAUUCUACUUUCAUUGUGAUCCAAGACCGUAAAAUAAACCAUCAUUAAUUCGUAAGCUACUAUACCAAUAAAAAUACAUUGAAAACAACUAA